GCAAACCAGCUGCUGAAAUGCCCGCAAAUCAGCAGCGUGGCCGUAACGGUGGGGCGGUUCGUUUCCCGCGAACGUGUCGACCCGCAGCCAGUUAUCUCGACUCUGGAAGUGGUCGGUAGCUCCAGUAACGUAACGUCACUGCUGGUUAAGUGCAAUACAUUCAGUCGCGACGAAUUAUCUGCCUUGGCGGCAUGCCUAAGGAACGCGGCUGUGCUCACUGACGUCGACAUAAACCUGAACGGCGUUCUGGCUGUCUUAUCAGAAAAGGAGCGUAUGGGUGUGCGGGCGGAACUUGUGUCGGCGCUGGCCUCCAACCUCAAACUUGUCAAAGUCAGCAUCAAAGGCGUGCUACUGUCCAAUUACGACUUGAACGUUCUCGCACAUGGUGCUAGGAAGAGUCUCAGCCUCACCGAAUUCACCAUGACUCCGGUCUGUUGUGGCUAUACCAGGCCUGGCAAGUACUGUAAAGAGCUGCGAAGUGGUUUUGAGCGCAGGCCCGGUGCUUUGAAGGAAGCAUUCAACUUCAAGAACAUCGCACUUGCAGACAUCCUGCAAGCGACGAGAAGGAAUGCCUCCGCCCUUUCGGUUGCUUCACAAUUCGUGCUGGGUCAGCAAGAUGCCUUGGACGGCGCGGAUGCCUUCGAGCUGAUGCACGACCAUCCACGUCUCCUCGAAAUGGUGAUGGAAGGUGCUGACGUCACAAAGACCGAAGCUAAAGAGAAGAUCAGCAGUGCUCUUUUGCGUGUGCGCCACUGCACCCUUGAUGAGUUUAUGAGAAUCGCAGGCGUCGUCAAGGAGAGCGUGGAGUGCCUUCUUCAUCCCGAUGCCAAGCUUCAGCUCGCUGACAUUAACCACAAUUGUUGGCUGCACAUUCGCCGUUUCCUGAAGAUAAGGGACGUUCUCAACAUUAAUCCGGUGUCGGUUAAUCAAAACUGCGCAUGGGCUUUUGAAUGCGAUUAGCACACCAUAAAUAAAACACCUAGCAAUCUCCUGAGCGGAAAUUUGCUCAGUCUGGGUACGAGUGGCACCCAAAGAAUAAAAUUGUACAAUAUUUA